AUGUACCGGCAAUGGGGAAUCAACGUCAAGACCCUGGAGAGCCAGCUGGGUACACGACCCUUAGAAGUCGAUGCAUUGGGCGCCAACCUUAACGGCCUGCAAGAUGUUUUCAAGCAGUCGAAUGAUGACUUGAAUGCAGCGAACUGCGAAGACCAGCUAGCAGAGCUCAAAGCGGAGUCGGACGAAGGGCGGAAAGUGCUUCAACGUCAGCAGAAAGAGAUGAAAGCUGCUCAGAUCGACGCCGAGCGCAAGUUGUCGUCGAAGGGCAACGAGCUCAAGCAAAUGCGUCAAGCUCUGAUUGCAGCACAAGAAGCAAGUAAAAGAGACAAGCUGGCUCUGGAACCGUCAAAGAAGAAGAUCGAUUCCCUGGAGAAGGCAAAGCGCGAUUCCGAGCAAGUUCUCACCAGUCUGCAGAAGCGACAAAGUGAGAAGGAAGCUCAAAUCAUCCUGAAGCAGGAUGCGCUCGAGAGAGCAAACGCGACUCUGAAAGAGGAGUCAAGCCGAGCGAUCCAGCAGGUGAGGCAGGUACAACAGGAUCUGAAGACAAAGGUUCAACAGAACCAGACCUUGCAAGAACGAUUGGAAGACCAUGGCAAAGCCAGAGCAGGUCUGCAGAAAGAGCUUGAUCAGACUUGGAAGCAACUCGAAUAUGAACGCACAUCGAACCAGUGUCUGACAGAAGAAGUUGGACGUCUGAGAAAUAUUUUGAGUUCUCAAGUACAGACAAACAAUGACCUAGAACUCAAAUACAGUACACUCGAAGAACAGUACAAUGAAAAGGUUGCAGCGCUUGCUAACCUCCACCAAGACCACUAUGUCAUGUUGCAUGAAUACGACAAGAUCAAAGAGCAGAUGUCGCUGAUGGAGAAGAACCAGCUACCUGAGCUGCAAGCUCAUUACGAUGCUAACGAGCCUGAGUUCAUCGAGCUGCACCUCGUCAGACAAGCAAUCUCCAAAGCUCAUCAUGACGGCAUGGAAAACGUUAAACUCAAGUUCAGAAAAGAGAUUCUGAGCUACUUCAAGCAAUUCAGGAAUAUGGAAGAGAAACUGCUGGUCGAGCCCGUCAAACCUGAUAGGUGUUAA